GGCUGGGCCGGCCAUGGCGGGCAGCUCGAGCCCCAGGGAGCUCAGCCCGGGCUCGCUGCGGCGGCGGCUGCGGAGCGCGGAGGAGGCGCAGCAGCGGCAGGCGGGACUGGUGCGGCAGCUGCAGGACGAGGUACUGCAGUACCAGACCUGGUGUCGAGAGUUGGAGCAGCAAGUGAAAGCUGCAGGGGGAUCCCUUCCAGGCAGAUGGGAGGCCACAGCAGACCACAGCCUGGAGAAAGCACUGCUUCAGGUGGAAGAGGAGCAGCAAAGGUGUGAGAAUCUGGCAGAAGUGAACACUCUCCUGCGGGAGCACCUCGAUAAAGCCAGUGAGGUUAAUUCUGCCCUCAAAGAAGAUGUUGGAAAACUGACAGUGGAUUGGAUGAGGGCCCGGGAGGAGCUGGAGUUGAAGGAGAGUGAAUGGCGCACUGAACGGGAGCUUUAUGACAGCUACUUAAGGGGGGAACAUACCCGUCUGCUCAGCCUGUGGCGGCAGGUGGUGACCUUCCGCCGCCACUUCCUGGAAAUGAAGACUGCCACUGACCGAGAUUUGUCAGAGCUGAAGGCAGAACAAAUGAGGCUUUCUGGAUCUAUUCUUGUGAACUGCUCUCGCCUGAACUCCUGUGUGCACCUCAGGGAGUCCAUCCCUCUGGGUAAACCUGCCCUGAAGGAUCAGGCAGAGCAGCAAGUGGAACCAAAAAUAAACCAGACAGCUCAGGAAGUGAUAGCCUUACAAGUCAGGUGUGACAUGGAGAAGAAAGAGCUUCAGGACAGGGUGAUGGAGCUCUCAGCCUUGCUUGUACAGUCUCAGAAGCAGAACGAGGAGAAGGAGAAGACCAUGAAAACACUUAACGACACAGUGGAGAUUCUAGAAUCCAGUUGGAUAGAGAAAGAAUUUGCAGCUUCAUUGAGUAACAGUGCCAAAGAAGAGAAUCUUUUCCUUCAAAAGCUCAUUAAAAAUAUCACUGAGAUGGUGUUAGACGACAGUGACAGCAUGGUCAGCAUUAUCUGCACUGGCAGUUCCCAGCAUGCAAACUCUGGGGACAUCUUCUCAGCUCCGAGAUCUGUUGAUGCAGGGCAUGCCUUUGGACUGGUUCUGGAAGCACUGGCAAGGAUGCGAGGGGCAGCACGGGCCCUGAGAGAAGAGCUUUCUGCUAGGCAAGACUCAAACAAAUUCCUGCUGCAGCAACAGAGACAUCAGGAAGAGAAGUGCAGGGAGGUGCAGCAAAGACUUGAGCAACUGGAGGAGAAAUGCAAGGAGUCCAGCAGCCACCAACAGCACCUUCAGUCUUUAGUAGAAAUACUCAGAAGUGACUGUACAAACCUCGAGAAAACUAGGAAAGAGCUACAGGAACAGCUUGGAUUAAGGGAGCAAGAAGCCUCAUGUCUGCGUCAGAUUAAUGCUGAGCUGCAGAUGAAGGAAGAGUCAGCCCAGGCAGAAAAGGCAGAGCAACAGGACAGGAUGGAGAGAGCACGCCGUGAGCAGGAGCUCCUAGUGAAGGACUUGGCUGCACUUGAGGAAAAACACUCAUUACUGCAGAGCGAGUUGGUAGUCAAGAGACAGACACUGGAGAAAUUGCAGCUUCAGAAGGAUCUGCUGGAGCAAGAGAAGGAUGAGUUUGCCAUGGCUCUGGAGAAGGCAGAACGGUCAGUGGCAGAGCUGACAGGGGCUCAGAACAAGCUGAAUGCUGAAAGAGCUGAUCUACAGGCUGCAGCAGCGAAGAUGAGCAGCAUCAAUGAAGCUCUCGCAUUGGACAAAGUGCAGCUGAACAAAUAUGUGUGGCAGCUGGAGCAAGAGAAGGAAGUUUUGUCUGCUAAAGUGGAUGAGAUGGAGAGAGCAAAAAUCUGUGAGCAGGAGAAGCUGAACUUCUGUGAAAGAGCAAACAAAGAGCUCUGUGCAGAGAAAGCCCGGCUAGAGCAGCUGCUGAAGGAAGCAGAGGAGCAACGGGAGGAGCUGUGGCUGGAGCUUAGUACACUGGGAGAGGAGAAAGCAGAUACCCAGGAGAAAUUCCAUCAGGUUUCCCAGGAGCAAGAGUCGUUGAGCAGGGCUCUGGAGCAGCUGCGCCAGGAAUCCUCUGACCAAGGGCAUGAACUGGCCCAGGCAUGCAGAGAGAAGGAGCUGCUGGGCCGGGAGAAGGCUGCCCUUGAGGGCCGACUGGCAGCCACAGAGCGCCACCAACAUGACCUCUCCAGGCAGCUGGCAGAGACCAGGUCAGCAAAGGAGAGCCUGGAAUCCAGGCUGUUUGCUGCUCAGCAGCAGAUAGCUCAGCUGGAGAUCACUGGGAACCAUCUGGAAGCUCAAGUGCUCACAGUCACACAGGCCAAGGAGGUGAUAGAAGGAGAAGUGAAGUGCCUGCAACGUGAGCUGGAAGCAGAGAGAGCUCUCAGGAGGCAGGAACAGGAAGACACAGCUCAACAGCUCCUGCAGGCACAGCAGCAGCAUCACAAAAGCCUCAGGACUCAGGCAAUUGCUCAGCAAGUGGAAAUAAAGAAGCUCCUGGAAGACCUGGCAAGUGACCGCGAAAGGCACCGUGCAGAGAUGCAGGAGAUGCUGGAGCAAUGGGAAAAAGAGAAGGCAGAGAGAGAGCAGGAGCACAAGAAGGUGCUGUUUGAGAUGAGGCAGAAUGUACAGAGAGCCCAGCAAGAUGUGAGGGAGGCCCAGGAAGAGUCCAGGCAGAAGCUCUUGGAGGUUGAGCAUGUCCAGAAAAUGCUGGAGGAGGCAGAACAUCGGAACAAGGAGCUGCAACUGCAUCUGGAGUACUUGGAGAGGGAAAGGAGUCGAUGGGAAGAAGUGGCUCAGCAAAAUUCAGAAUUGCAGACUUCCAUGAAUGCACUGGAGGGGGAAAAAGCCAGACUGACUCUGUCUCUGGAAGAAAAGGAUCUGAGCCUCAGAACCCUGGAAGAAGACAACAUGGCCCACAUCAAUCAGGUGUCUCAGCUUCGUUCUGCCCUUACCCAAGCUGAGGAGCUCCACUCAGAGCAUAGAACAGAAAUGCAGGAGCUCAACACCCAGAUCCAGGCCCUGCAGGACGCAGUGCUGCAGAUGGAGUCUUCCCAGGCAACUCGAGAGAAGCAGCUGCUGAAGGAGCUGGAGGAGUCUCGAGCAGGAGAACGCUGUUUGAGGGACUCUGUGCACGUGGUGGAGGCUCAGGUGUCUGAGCUGCGUGUGAAGCUCCAGAGCUCUGAGAACAGAGCAGAGGCCUUGGCCACACAGUGUCAGCAGGCCAGUGGUGCCCACCAGGAAACUCAAUCCCAGCUGGACAAACUGCUCUUGGUUCUCCACAACAUGAUCAGGGACAGCAGAGAGUUGGUCACUUGGAGCUCAGAAGAGGGUCAUGUCAUGGGCCUAACUGCUUCUCAGGCUGGGGAUGUCCCCACAGAGCUUACAGUGGACAGAGUGGCAGCAGCUCUGCAAGACCUGCAGCAGCACCUGGAGCAUUCCCAGAAAGAUCUGAAUGAUGCAAGGAAGAAGAUACAGACCUUAGAGCUGGAGCUGGGCACGGGGCAGGAUCAGAUGGAAAAUCUCAGAGCCUGCAAUCAGGAGCUGCAGAUACAGUUGGAUGAAAGUCAGGCAGCAAUGAGGGCAGAACACCAGAAGACCUCUCUGGAAACUGCCUUGAAGGAAGAGACCAUUGCCCUGAAGGAAGAGGCUGUGACUCUUCAUCAGGAGGUGGCAUCUCUACAGCGCAAAUUGGAAAACCUGGAGAAGGAAAGGAAGGAUGUGCUGCAUGAACAGGACAGGCUGCAGACAGAUAAAGAAAAACUAGAGUAUGAAAUAAAACUUCUGGAAGAAUCAGUCACAGUCUCUGAAACCCGAGCAAAUAUAGUAAUAGACAAGAAUCAUUCCCUUGAACAAGAACUCCAAACUGCCUUGUCUAUGUUAAAAAUUAAAAAUGAGGAAGUGCAAAACCAGGGGAAGAAAAUGGAGAUUUUUCAGAAAGAGGCAGCAGAGACCAAAGCUUUGCAGGAGCAUCUCACUCAUGUGACUGCCAUUCUGUCAGAGAGGGAGGGAGAAAUGAAAUUGUACCAAGAGGAGAUUAGAAUGUUGGAAAAGCAGAAAGAAAUGCAUAAAACUGCUCUUAAUCAGGUUAUUAAGGACAUAACAGAGAAAGAACAGAAGACAGAAUCCCAGCAGGAACAGAUACAGGAGCUGGAGAAGCAGCAAGAAAAGCAAAGGAUUGUUUUUAACAAAAUGAGCCAAGAGCUGGAAAAGAAGGACCAAGAGAUCAGAUCCCAGCAAGAACUGAUAAGGGAGCUGGAGAAGCAGUUAGAAUUGCAGAACUCUGCUGUCAGCAGGAUGAGCAAAGAGCUGGAGGAGAAACACCUGGAGGUCAAAUUCCAGGAGGAAAAAAUAAUGAUUCUAGAACAGCAUGGUGCAGUACAAGUCAGAAAUCUGCUUGUGGAUCUUGAUGACAUGAAAGGAAACCUGAAGGAGAAAAGGUUGGAGCUUCUUUCUCUGACUCAGCAGAUUCAAGAACUGGAAAAGGAGAGAGAAGAUGUGAAAUCUCUAAAUGCUAGCCUUGAACACCUGAGAACUGUUCUUAAGGACAGAGAGAGUGAGUGUGACGCUCAAAGGGAAGAGUUAACGCUCUUGCAGCAGCACAGGGAACAGCAAGAUAGGCAUCUGCAAGAGGUUCUUGGUAAAGUAGAAAUCAUGACACUUUCUUUAUCUAAAAAAGAUCAAGAGCUUGAGUCACAACAAAAACAAUUGCAGGAAGUUGAAGAAGUCAUGGAAAUGCAGUUAAAGACUAUUCGUGACAAACUGGAGCAGACCUUAGCAGCCUUAAAAGAAAAAGACAGACUUAUGGACAUCCAAAAGCAACAAACAAGGAGCUAUGAGGAAAAAAAAGAGGAACAGAUUAAUGUCUUGCACAGGGACUUAGAAUACUAUAGGACAGUGUUGAAAGAAAAGGAUUUAAUGAUUGAAUCUCAGAAGGAACUGAUUGAGACCUUCCAAAAACAAAAGCAGGACUCUGAACAGCAGAAGCAAAUUCUGCAGUGUCUUCAAGUGGAACUAAAGGAAAAAGAGGAGGAAAUUUUUUCCCUUAGAAAGCAAUGUGAGGCAUGCAAGGAAAAGGAGGAAAAGCAUGAAGCUGAGCAAAGAAAUUGCCAUGCAACAACACUGAAAGAAAAAGAAGACAGGAUUUGUGUUCUGGAGGAUGCCAUCACAAAGCUUCAACAGCAGAAGGAAGAGACAGCGGUGCAGACUAAAGCCAUACUGCAAAAACUAGAAUAUGCUGAAUCUUCUCUUGAAGCUAGAGAUCAAGAGAUAGUGUCUUUGCAAGAGCAUGUCCAGGAGCUUCAAGAGCAGAAGGAGGUGGCAGGCAAGCAGGUCAGAAAUCUAGAGCAGGAUCUAGACAAAGCAAACCAGAUGUUGAAUAAGAACCAUUUGGAGUUCCUCAAGCAGACAGAGCAAAUGAACACGUUCCAUCUUCGUGAAGAAAGCAUGAAAGUAGCACUAACAUCAUGCCAGAAGCAAGUGACUCUACUUGAGGAAGUGGUGAGGAAGAAAGAUGAGGACAAUGACGCUCUUAGGCAAAAACUUCAGCAUGCAGAAGAAGAACUGAAGACUUUGCAGAAUCUCCAGCUUAGGCUAACUGAGAAGAAUGAAGAGGUUAGACAUGAUGGAGAGCAAGAGUUUCUGAAAGAAGCCUUCCCUGAGAGAGAAGGAGAGAUCAAGGCUCAAAGUGAGCAAAAGCAGUUAGAAGUGGAAAUAAGAGCUCUCCAGGAAGAUCUCCAGCAUGUUCAGCAGACCCUGACAAAGAAGGAUAAAGAGAUCAAGUACCAGACAGACAGAGUCAAGUAUUUAAAGAAGACUCUGAUAGAGAGAGAACAAGAGCUUAGGAGGCAGAGUGAACUCCUGAAAGACUUAACAUUGGCUUUGCAAUGGAAAGAUGAAGGGGAAACCCUAAAGAUACAAAUCCAAAAACUCCAGAAAUGGGAGGAAGAGGAAGUAGAGAAGAGGAAAAUUCUCCAGGACAGAGACCAUCUCUUGCAAAGGCAGAAGGAAAUUACCCAACAGUUAGAAGCUGAGAGGGAUGCCAGUGGUGAAGAGUUGGAGUGUGUGGCUCCUGCUUUGAAGCAGAGAGAAAGCAGAGAACAUGAAUGGAGAGAGAAUGCUCAAGUCCUGAGUGCUGCACUGAGCAAGAGUGAAAUGGCCAAUGGGAAUCUGAAGAAAGAAAUAACCAUCCUGCAGAGAAUGAUUUCAGAGAGAGACACAGACCGAUUUCAUCAACAGCAGGCUGUUGCUGAGUUGUCAUGGCUGUCAGAGAAGAGACUCAUGUUGCAGAGCCUGGAAUGUCUGCAGCGAGCAGUUGCAAAGCUGGAAGAUGAAAAGGUGGAGCUCAGGCAACAAAAUACUGAACUCAGGAGGACUCUUGAGCAGGUGGAACAUGAACGGAGGAGACUGAAGAGAUGUUUUAGGGGUCGGUUACUCCCAGAUGCCUCUGGAUUUUCUCUCUCUGAGUCUGACCAGUGCAAGUUGCCCGCUUCUAGAAAGGAGGAGUCUCAUGCUCACUGCAAUCAGCACUUAGCUGAGUUACAGAACCAGGUGUCCCUGCUGCAGUCACAGCUGGCCCAAGACCGACAGCACCGGCAGAACUACAUUGAGAGCUGUGCAAGGACCAGCCAGGAGCUGUCAAACCUUCACCAGGAGCUGUCCUCCUCCUUUGCAGCUGUGCUCAAGGAGCCCAAAGCUGCUGUUCUGGAAGAAGAGACUCGGAAGCUGGAUCGGUCUCUGAACCUUAACUCGGCACUGACAUCCCUGAGCCAUCAGUCUCUGGAGAGACAGCCCGAGCAUCCAAGAGCCAGACCUGCCAGAAGCAAUGAUGACCUGAGGUAACAGCACCUCUGGUCUCCAUUUGAAUGGAACGAUUUCUCCUAAGACAAAGAGCUCAUGGAUGUGAGAAAUGGGAUCAGCUCCUCAGGACAGGGCUACCCCGUGCCUUAAACAUCUGUUGGUCUCACAUUCAGCUGGUGUCAUACCUCACCUUAUGUUGAGGAUUAGGAUCUAUGAAACAUUAUUUCAAUGAAGUAGAUGAUUUCUGGAACCAAAAUGUGAAUAUGUGAGAAAAACAACAUAGGUAAGGAGAGAGAAUGAUGUAUGGAGAAUGAAGCCUGAACAAAAAAUGAAUAAUCAUUGAACAGUAAGACUUGUGGGUGACAUCUGUCCGAGGACAACGACUCUACAAACAAUUAAAGGGACAUAACAGUUUGUGUUGUUUGCAUUUGCAAGCAUCUCCUAGGGACAGGCAUUUUAAUUUUUUUUUAAUAAAAUGUUUUUCAGAAGAAAAUUAUACUCAUUUUCACUGGCACA